CCACUCCCGGACCUAGGCGGCCAGCGGCGACCGGGGACUGCCGGGACAGAAGCAGCGCUAGAGACCGACCGUCGACGGGCGUCCGAGAGGCUGCGACAGGCACAGCAAGCCGAGCGAGCGUACAAGGCCGCCAAGCGCUCAGCCACCGCCCACGCCAACUUCUCCGAGGCGAGAGUGCACUUCCGCCAGGCCGGCCACCACCUGAGGCGCGGCGUGUCCCUGACCUUCUCCGUAGUUAGGAACGUGCCUUAUAUUCUGCGGGGGAAGCGAGACCACCGCCGCAACAAGGCCGGCGAGGCAGAGGGACAACCGGCUCUCACAAAGCGGGUCAGCCCGGAUGAUAUUGUCACAGCC